AGGAAGCCUCUGCUUGCUGUGGUGACGUGUGUGGACACUUCCCUGUAUAUCAGUGUGCGGGAUGGCUCCGGUGGCGGCGGUUUGUCCCGGGAGGAUGUGAUGGCGGAGAAGAAGCCGGAAGAACGGGGGGCUUCCCCGCCUUUGUUGGUGUUCCUGGAGCCGUCUGCGGAGGGUGGUGAAGCGACAGCGGCUCCGGUCACUGCACAGGCGGGCAGAGCGGCACCGGGAAGUGCUGUGCGGUUUUUCGCUGGAGGAGUUCGGGAAGAUGAAGCAGGAGAGGAAGAGCCGCUGCUGAAGAGGUCCGGUGCCACCUCCCCGAAGUCCGGGAGGAAGGGGAGACCGCGGCUCAGCUCCUCCUCAGACCGGGAGAGCCUGCUGUCCAGUGCCGGCCACGGCAAUGAAGAGCUGAACGUCAUACUGGAUGAUAUUGAAUUUGCUGAUAUAAUUCACCGAGCGGAGCAGGCGAUUGACAGCGGUGUCUUUCCCGAAAGGAUAUCCCAGGGCUCAAGUGGAAGCUACUUUGUUAAAGAUCCAAAGGGGAAAAUAAUUGGAGUAUUUAAACCAAAAUCAGAAGAGCCUUAUGGUCACCUUAACCCAAAAUGGACCAAAUAUUUUCAUAAAGUUUGCUGUCCCUGCUGCUUUGGCCGUGGUUGCCUUGUUCCGAACCAGGGGUACCUGUCUGAAGCUGGAGCGUAUUUAGUCGAUGAAAAACUUGGAUUAGGAGUUGUACCCAAAACCAAGGUAGUCUGGCUUGUCAGUGAAACCUUCAACUACAGUGCAAUAGAUCGCGCAAAAUCCAGAGGCAAGAAAUAUGCUUUGGAAAAAGUGCCAAAAGUUGGUCGAAAAUUUCACCGUAUAGGUUUACCGCCCAAGUUUGGCUCCUUUCAGCUUUUUGUAGAUGGGUAUAAGGAAGCGGACCACUGGCUGAGGAGGUUUGAAACCGAACCUUUACCCGAGAACACAAGAAAGCAGCUGCAGUCUCAGUUCGAGAGGCUAGUGAUUUUAGACUAUGUCAUUAGAAAUACGGACAGAGGCAAUGAUAACUGGUUAAUUCGAUAUGAAAGCCAGGAGGAUAACAUUGAAGGAUCUGAGAAAGACCCUGAUGGUCCUGUAUCCAAGGAAUGGACUGAUAAAGAACCAAUUAUUAAAAUCGCAGCGAUUGACAAUGGUCUGGCAUUUCCAUUUAAGCACCCGGAUGAAUGGCGAGCGUAUCCUUUCCUCUGGGCUUGGCUUUCUCAAGCGAAGGUUCCCUUUAGUCAGGAAACAAAGGACCUGAUUCUUCCUCGCAUCUCUGACAUGAACUUUGUUCAGGACCUUUGUGAAGAUCUGUAUGAGCUCUUCAAGACUGAUAAAGGAUUUGACAAGGCGACAUUCGAGAAGCAGAUGUCUGUAAUGAGAGGACAGAUCCUGAAUCUGACUCAGGCGUUAAAGGAUGAGAAGUCUCCCAUUCAGCUGGUCCAGAUGCCUAAAGUAGUGGUGGAGCGAAGCCAGACUGGAAGCCAGGGCAGGAUCGUUCACCUGAGCAAUGCGUUCACACAGACUUUCCACUGCAGAAAGCCGUUCUUUACCUCCUGGUAGCCGGGGGAUCUCGUGUCUUAAAUACACAAAGCUGCUGAUUUGCACAAGCACUGCAAAGGGUGAAAACUGCUGUCAACCCCCACAUAGCUGCCAAACCACAGGCCUCUCGAAAGGAAGUAAUCUUCUUGAAUGUACAUCAGUUUACACUUCUGUCCUAUUGUGAAAUUGUUUUGUCAGGGAUUCUGGUAGGACUGCAUUAACAUGUACUGUGUAUAUAUUAUUUUUUUUCCCUUCCUUAAGAUAUGAAGUUGUGCAUUCAAGUAAAUCAGCCUGCCUUCUAUAGGGUUUCUAAUAUGCUGGAAUGACACCUCAAUUUACUGAGAUUUUCUAUCAUUGGUUAUUUAUAAAUUAAAAUAUGUCAUGUUAAAUAACCACACAAAGGUUUGGGACCUCACUAUGCCAAGCACUUUUUUUGGGGGGUGAAUUUUUCUAAAGUGCCCUGUAGACUUGUCAAGGUAAAGAAAAUAAAACCAGUCUUGGAUUAACAUAACUGCAGAAGGUUUAUUCCUCAGGACCAUAAUGCUGUACAUGUGUAUCAUAUAACCAUGGUGUCAGCAUGCAGCGUCACAUUGUAAUGGGACGCUUCUACCAACCACAUGGUUCCCAAUUGCUGCUGUAGAAAUUCUGUAUUUAGUUUGGAGGUAUUGCCAAAUGGGACAUUUGUGGUGUAUCCAUACACAGAGUAGGUGGUCCCAAGGGCGGGUGGGCUGCCUACAUGCACACUUCCUCUUCAUUCUCAGCUGAUGCGAUAGAGUUCUGGUCUGGAGAUAGCAGAAGGAAGUGAUUUAAAGCGGUUUUUACUGUGACCUUUCCACGCUGCACAUAGUUUUCUUGGGCUCAGGGUCCACAAGCAAGUUUUUGGCGUAUACUAAAGAAUUGUAUAUGCACACUAGACUUGAAUGUCACCUAUGACCACUUUCAGACGAGCACAUGUCACGCUUCGGACUUGAAGUGCAGCACCUGUCCUGACCUCCCAGCACUGCCGGGGUCGCAUAGCAUUAUAUUGA